AUCGGCUGACAUUAUAAUAUACAAGAUAUUUGAAACGAAUGAGUGACAUGGCAUUCUUGAGAGUGUUAAGUUGCAAUUUAAUAUUCAUCGUAGCGAUGGCUGUUUUUAAUGAUAAUUUUGAUUCGUCUGUACCAAUGGUGACACUCGAUAUAUUACCGUUACGUUACUACAUCAAAUUUAUGCUAUAUGUCAACGACGAUAUAUUCUACGGCGAAUGCAAUGUCAGCAUUUAUAUUCCUUAUGAAAUGCCACAUAUACACAUUUACGCGGAAAAUCUGGGUAUAACUGAAAUUUUGGUAACAGAAAAUUUACAAAUAUCUAAAAAAAAGGAAGAAAAAGUUUUUGUCCAUAGACCUAAGAAUUUAAUCCAUGAAAUUGAAAUAUAUGGAACCCGCAUUUCUUUUCCAUAUGAUUUACCACGAGGAUAUCACACUCUGAAUAUGAAGUUUAUUGGACUUUUAGCUCAAAAUGGAGGCUUUAGAACUUUUUACUUAAAUCAACAAUAUAAUAGAGUGUGGUUUGCCGCAACGCAUUAUAAAACAUUUGCGACUCGAAGAUUAUUUCCUCUCUUGAAGAAUACUAGAAGUGUUAGUUAUAACAUUUCUAUAAAGCAUCAUAAAAAUUACACGGCUUUAUCAAAUAUGCCCGAAAUAGCAGUGAAUAUAGACAAAAGUAAUAUGAUGUGGACACAUUUCCAAAGUACUCCAAUAAUGCCUGAUUAUUUCAUAGCGGCGAGUGUGGUACCUCUCGGCUUUAUUCUAGAUACAAGUCAGAAUGUCAAAUUGUGGUGCAGAACAGACUUGAAACUACAAACUAUGAUAUUUGCAUACACGAUUAUUCAAAAAAUUGCGCAAUUAUUAAAAAAUAUAUUUCCGUAUAUCAGAAAAACAAAUCAUCUCGUUACUCCGAAGUUGUUAGAUAUGGAAGAGAUAAAAUUGGGACUCAUUCUUCAUAAUGAAGCAGAUAUUAUCUUUAAUCAAGAUAUAGAUCCUGAGAUGCGCAAAUUUGAAAUAAUACGAAUAAUAGGACAUAAAAUGAUGCACGAAUGGUUUUUUUAUAAUGAAAUCUUUCCAUAUAAGUGGGAUCCGUGUUUAAGCAAAAGUUUUGCUACAUUCCUUGGAAUCUACUUCGUCAAUAAGAUUUUUCCACACUUUAGGGUAGAGGAUUUCUUUGUAAUUCAAAUGCAACAUGAUGUUCUUCACUGGAGUACCAAAGACACAUGGCCGGUUAAAUCACAGUUCAAUAAUUCGUUUGAAUUACCUUGUAACAUUAAAGUGAGCAUUAUGUUGCACACGUUGCAAAAUACACUCACCAAAAAGAUGUUUGAAAAUGGUGUCAGAAGAUAUUUACAAAAACAGUACAUGGGCAUUAAUGAUUUCUGGAUAGUUAUGCAGACUGCACUUUAUAAUACAUCUUUGAGAGUUAAAUACAAUUAUAUUAUAAAAGACAAAAUACCUAGUUGGGCAGAACUAAAUCACUAUCCUGUGGUAAAUGUGAAAAGAGAUUAUAAUACUUUCAGUUUGAAUAUAUCGGUAGAAAAUUUUAAUACAAAUAUAUCGAUACCUGUGAGCAUUACUACGCAAACGCAUUACAAUUCGGUGAAAUUUUUGCGUCCAGUAUGGCUAAUGCCACCACAUAUUUCAAAUCAUACGCUGACUUUCGAUUCCUUAAUUAAGAAUGACUGGAUAUUAGUCGAUUCAAAAGAAAGUGGAUAUUAUCGUGUCAAUUAUGAUGCCGAAAAUUGGAAUAGACUUUCAACAUACUUAAACAAUAAAUAUUUAUUUGGACUAUUACAUUUUCUCAAUCGUGCUAAAAUCAUCGAUGACACAUUUCAUUUUGUGAUGUCAGGCCAACUUAAUUGGACUGUAUUCUUGAAAAUUUCACAAUAUCUACAGCAUGAUACAGAUUAUAUCGCAUGGUAUCCUAUGUUCAAAAACUUGGAAUAUAUAUCGAAUUUUUUUGCAUUUCCAGAAAGCGCUCUUAUAAAGACGGAGAUAAAACAACCAUUAAUUAAGAUUAUGUCGAAAAUUGGAUAUCCUAAUUUUAAAGCAGAUAAAAUCAAUCAAAAUAUCGAUCUCUUUUAUUUGAAAGAAGAGAUUGCAAGAUGGUUAUGUAUCAUGGACGAUGCCUCUUGCUUGAUGAGAGCCAAUUAUGAAUUAAUGUCAUAUGUCUCAAAUAAUAAUAAAAAUUUAUUAUACGAAAUUUGGAGAGAAUGGAAAGAAUGGACAUUCUGUAAUGGUUUGAAAAUAACGAGUAAAAAUUUUUGGAAGAAAGUAUUUCGUAUGUAUUGGAUAAAAUCGGAUUAUAGUGUUUUAAAAUUCCUAGCUUGCUCCAAACAUUCUUUUAUCAUUCGCGAGUAUUUGUAUGUAAUGAAAUUUGGCUUUAUUACGCAAAAAGCAAAAGUUCUCCACCAUAUACAGAGUUUUUGUUCUAUUAUUGCAAGGCAUGCAAAGAAUGACAUAAUGCUUCAUUUCAUCUUAAGAAAUUUAGAAGAUAUAAAACCUGAAGAAAUCAGUUUUUUUACAGCAUUAACUAUCAUUAUUAACCACGUAUAUUCUGAGAAACAAAUUGAAAAGAUAAAGAAGGAAAUUCAUUUGAUGAAUAGUCUAAUGUGCUCUCUGCUUAAUUGUGAUUAUGAUGAUCAAAACAAUAAUAAGGUGAAUAAAUCUUUGCUUUUUAAGACAGAGUAUACGGAAAAUAAAAUAACAUACAUAUGGCGCAAAUUAGAACUACGUUGGAAUCAAAUAAAGAAUCAGUUAUAUGAAUUUCGACACUUAACGAAAAAAGAUAUUCUUACAAAAGGCUUGGAUGAUUAAUCAAAUUAGGAAGAGCAGAGUAUGAAACACAACGUGCUGGUAGAUGUAAAUUUAUUCAACUUGAUACAAGAAAAACAUAAUAUAAAAUAGAGUUAUUGAAUGAGUGUCAAAUAAUCGUUGCAGCAGAAAUAACACAUUCAAAUAAAUAAUACAAAAGGUAGAGAGUGAACUAUAUCUGUGACGCAAUAUACAAAAAGGAACUUGAGGAAAACAGAAAAAUAGUUUUAAUAGCAACAAUUAUAGCGGCGCGGUAGUGGUAAAAUAAAUCCCUAACAAUUUUUUAUAAUAACUAUAAUAAUUCUAGAAAGAAAAGCGUAAAAAAUGAAGAUGAUACACAAGCAGAUGAUACACAUAA